AUGGAUGUUAGUAAGAUUUUCGAAGAGCAUAAGAUCAUUCCGGAUGUCCUUCCAGUCGGAACCAAGAUCUCUCACAACCUCGGCAUACAUUGGCCAUCGGUGAGCCUCAGGGCUCCAGGAGAAAGGCUACACAGGGACGAGCUCCAGGAUGAGCCAACAAUUACCACGAACUACAAGCCUGGAGAUGCAUCUAAAGAAGAGUUUGUUCUCCUGAUGGUCGACCCAGACCUGACGCAUUACAAUGACGGCACCUUUGGUCAGGUCCGACAUUGGCUGGUCACCAAGGUGACGGUCAGCCACUCAGGGGAGGUGAUCGUCAACCACGGCAGCACCAUCUCCCCAUACGUCGGACCCGCGCCCAUGGCUGCCCACUUGGUGAUCGGAGAGGCUCGCCCGUCACGGUACACUUUCUUUCUUCUCAAGCAUACAUCUGAGGUCAGCCUGCCUACGACCUUCGACCCGUCCACCCUGAGAGGAGAAUAUGAGUAUGGUGGCGACACAAGCAAGCUCGGGAACAGCCCGCAAAACAUCAUCGAUCGCAUGGGAUUUAACACGCAGGCCUUUAUCCAGAAGAACGGGCUUGAGGUUGUCGCUGCGACUUUCAUGUUUGUCGAGGGAAAUGUGAAAAGCACUAUCACCAGCGCGGCGUUGUUGGCCUCCGGGGCUGCGCAGAAGGCCGUUGGCCUGUAA